UUCACCAUUGAGUCCGCGCGCCGAGUGUGGCAACUUUAAAGCGAGCCGCUCCUUCUCUGACGCUGCCCGUUUCAGCAGCGAGGCGUUUAGUACUUUGGCCGUUUCUUUAAAAAUAACAUUGCGGAUAUUCAUCCCUUUAAAGACUCGCAGUUUUUUUGCCUUGCGAAAAACAGCUUUAUUUGUGAAAAACAAAGUUAAGGCGUUCAGCCCGAAAAACAGAAGCUCUCGCCAGCCGGCGGCUAUUUGUUUUUGCUUAUUAUGAAUACAUGCUUUUAUAAAACAGCAAAGAGGUGAACCGAGGAACUACUUUUUGCGUUUUUGUUUGUUUCUUCUAAUACUUAAGGAAAGUUUUUUUCAGUAUCUUAAGACCCGCGCAUCCCUUUUCCUGCUGUUUGAAGAUGCGGUGAUGUAACUAUAGCGGAAUGGAUUAAAAACGCGCAUCCCAGGAUUUGGUAGAAGUGUGAGAGUUUGUCUCUUGUUGCUGGCUGUGUUUCUAAGUAAAAGAGGCAAUCGAGUUAAAGAUGGACGAAGGGCAGCUGGAAAACGGGGUUCAGACCACCAAAGAUUGCGAUCGGCAGCUCCGUUUGAGACUUUGCGUUUUAAAUGAGAUCCUGAACACGGAGAGGGAUUACGUGGGAACAUUGCUCUUCAUCCAGUCGGCCUUUCUGCAGAGGAUCCGGCAGACCCAAGACGAGCAGCAAUGCCUCUCUCCGGAGAACGUCAGGAUCCUCUUCUCCAACAUCGAGGCCAUCCUGGAGGUCCACAAGAAGGUGCUGGCAGCCUUGGAGUCCAGCCUGCAGCCGGAGCCCCAUCCGCAGCACACCCUGGGUCACGUCUUCCUGCAGUUUAAAGGCCACUUCUCCGUGUACGGCGAGUACUGCAGUAACCAUGAAAAAGCCCUGAGACUGCUGAUGGAGCUGAACAAGAACACGCAGGUCCGGACCUUCCUGCUGCAUUGCAUGCUGCUGGGAGGGAAGAAGACCACAGACAUCCCCCUGGAGGGCUACCUGCUGACACCCAUCCAGAGGAUUUGUAAAUACCCGCUUUUGCUGAAGGAGCUGCUGAAGAGGACCCCUAAGAAGCACGCUGAUUACCCGGCGGUGGAGCAGGCCCUGCAGGCCAUGAAGACCGUCUGCUCCAACAUCAACGAGACGAAGAGACAAAUGGAGAAGCUGGAAGCCUUGGAGCAGCUGCAGUCGCACAUCGAGGGCUGGGAGGGAACCAAUCUGACCGACAUCUGUACAGAGUUGCUUCUCCAUGGAAAUCUGCUGAAGAUUUCUGCAGGCAACAUUCAGGAGCGGGUCUUCUUCCUUUUCGACAACCUCUUGGUGUACUGCAAACGGAAAUCCAGGGUUUCAGGGAAGAAGUCCACCAAAAGGACCAAGUCCAUUAACGGCCCUCUGUACGUAUUCAGAGGCAGAAUAAACACGGAAGUGAUGGAGGUCGAAAACGUGGAAGACGGAACAGCUGACUAUCAUAGCAAUAACUAUACAGUGACAAAUGGCUGGAAGAUCCACAACACGGCCAAGAACAAGUGGUUUGUCUGCAUGGCAAAGAACGCGGAGGACAAGCAGAAGUGGCUGGACGCCAUCUUGAAGGAGCGUGAGCAGAGGGAGAGCCUGAAGCUGGGCAUGGAGCGGGACGCCUAUAUGAUGAUCGCCGAGAAGGGAGAGAAACUCUACCACAUGAUCAUGAGCCGGAGCCGUCACCUGAUCAAGGACCGCCGGCGCAAGUUAUCUGUCGUGCCCAAGUGCUUCUUUGGAAAUGAGUUUGUGUCCUGGCUGCUGGAGAACGGCGAGAUCAGCAAAGCAGAGGAGGGCGUGAACUUGGGCCAGGCCUUGCUGGAGAAUGGCCUCAUCCAUCACGUGUCUGACAAGCAUCAGUUCAAGAAUGAGCAGGUCCUGUAUCGUUUCCGCUAUGACGAUGGAACAUACAAGGCCAGGAGCGAGAUGGAGGACAUAAUGUCAAAGGGCGUCAGGCUCUACUGUCGGCUCCACAGCCUUUUUGCGCCCGUCGUCAAGGACAGAGAUUAUCACCUGAAAACGUUCAAAUCGGUGAUUCCGGCGAGCAAGCUUGUGGACUGGCUGCUGUCACAGGGUGACUGCUCUUCGCGGGAGGAUGCCGUCAUGCUAGGCGUGGGACUCUGCAACAGUGGUUUCAUGCACCAUGUGCUGGAGAAGAGCGAGUUCAAGGACGAGUCGCAGUUCUUCCGCUUCUACGCCGACGAGGAGAUGGAGGGCACAGGCUCUAAGAACAAACAGCUGCGCAAUGACUUCAAGCUGAUCGAGAACAUCCUGGCGAAGUCUGUGCAGAUCCACCCCCAGGAGGAUGACUACGGCUUCGAGAUCGAGGAGAAGAACAAGGCCGUCGUGGUCAAGUCGGUCACCAGGGGCUCCAGCGCCGAGAUGGCUGGACUGCAGGUUGGUAGGAAGAUCUACUCCAUCAACGAGGAUCUGGUGUUCCUCAGGCCAAUCGCAGAGGUGGAGACCAUGAUCAGUCAGGCGUUCGGGAUCCGGCGCUCUCUGCGGCUGCUGGUGGCCACCAAAGCUAAAGAGAUGGUGAAGAUACCAGAUUGUCCGGACGCCCUGUCCUUCAAAAUCUGCGGUCAAUCUCCCCCUCAUGUGCAAGCUGUGAGGAAAGGUUCGGUCGCCGUCGCCGCGGGUCUCCAGCCGGGACAGUGUGUCCUCAAAGUCAACGGCAACAACGUCAACAACGACAGCCACUUGGAGGUCCUAGAACACUUUACAGCACACCGCACUGGCCAAGAGCAAAGGCAGCUGGGGCUGGCCCAGUGGGUCUACCGGACGUUUGAGGAUGCGGAAGAGGAAAGGGCGCGGAGACCCGGCAUUUCGGAGGCGGGGGCUGUCAGCGAGGAAGCCGCUAAGAGCUUUGGGAAACUGACCCUCUCAGAAGAGGGGCCGCUGGUCAGCCUGACGGUGGACAACGUGCACCUGGAGCACGGCGUACUCUACGAGUAUGUCAGCACGGCAGGCGUGAAGAGCUACGUGCUGGAGAAGAUGGUGGAGCCCAAGGGCUGCUUCAGCCUCACGGCCAAGAUCCUGGGGGCCUUUGCCGAGGAAGACAGCCUGUUCGUGAGAAACUGCCGGCAGCUGAUAGCACAGAGCAGGACCAUGGUGACGAUGCCGCAGUACGAGUUCCGCAACAUCUGCGACGCCAAGCUGGAGAGCAUCUGCAGACACAUGCAGUACUACCAGCAGUUUUCCCAGGAGCUCAAGGACAAGGCCUGGCCGACGUUCAAGAAGGCGGGUGGCCAUCCCCACCAGCUGGGCGCACUGGACUUCGUUCCCACCAACUGCCACGUCAACCUGAUGCAGGUCUCCUACCCCAAGAGCAGCACAUCGGCCGGGCGCACUUUCAGCAUCCGCUUCGGCCGCAAGAACUCCUUCUUUGGGCUGGACCCCGACCAGGCCAACCUGAACCCCAUGUCCCAAACAACGCACUGCAUCACUAGCAUGGCUGCCCCCUCCUUCAGCUGCCAGACUCUGGAGGAGGACGGAGACAUGGAGGCGGACAGCGGCCCCCUGGAGCGCAGCCUGGACGGCCGCUCCCAGCAGGAGGGGGGCGGCCUGAGCUUCCUCCUCAAGCAGGAGGACACCGAGGCCCAGGACGCCUACAUCCAUCUUUUCAGCCGCAUGGAUGUGGCCGUCAAGGAGAUGAAGCAGUAUGUGGCCCAGAUCGACGUCCUUUUGUCCUCUAUAACUGAGCCCACCCAGCCCGAGAGCUGCGACCCCCCCGCUGUAGAAGAGGCCCCCCCCACUGCAGAAGAUACUCCACCCACGUCGCCGGUAACAGAGGAAGUCGACCUGGACAAGUCGGAGCACGGCGGCAUCAAGAAGGUCUGCUUCAAGGUGACCGAAGAGGACCAGGAAGACUCCGGUCACGACACCAUGAGCUACAGGGACUCGUACAGUGAGUGCAACAGCAACCGGGACUCAGUGCUGUCCUACACCAGCGUCCGCAGCAACAGCUCCUACCUGGGAAGCGACGAGAUGGGCUCAGGUGACGAGCUGCCCUGUGACAUGAGAAUCCCCUCCGAUAAACAGGAUAAGCUGCAUGGCUGCCUGGAGCACCUCUUUAACCAGGUUGAUUCCAUUAACAGCCUUUUGAAAGGUCCGGUCAUGGUCAAGGCCUGUGAAGAAACCAAGCACUUUCCCAUGGACCACAGUCAGUCCGACCGUAACACAGAGGACUGGACAGCACGCUGUCGCUAUAUGAUCCAUAAGAACAUCCAGGAAGAUCCGUGGAACCUCCCCAGUUCCAUCAAAACCCUGGUGGAGAGUUUGCAGCGGCUUGUAGAAGAUGGGAAAAAUCAGCUGCUUCUUGCCCUGUUGAAAUGCACAGACACGGACCUGCAGCUCCGGCGAGACGUGAUCUUCUGCCAGAGCGUGGUGGGGGCGCUCUGCACCCUCACCGAGCAGCUCCUGGCCGCCCUCAAUUUCCGCUACAACAACAACGGCGAGUAUGAGGAGGAGAGCAAGGAGGUCAGCAGGAAAUGGCUGGAGCAGGUGGCGGCCAUCGGCGUGCUCUUCAACUUCCAGUCCACGCUGUCGCCUUAUGUGAAAGAGGAGCGGAUCAUGCUAGAAGACACCAAGGCUGCUCUGACGGAGCUGGAUAAAGUCACUGUUUACUUCCGGCAGCUUGAGGACGAAUGUCUGGUUGCGAACACGUCGGUUUGCUACCACGUGGAGGGGAGCAGACAGGCCCUCAGGGUCACCCUGUACCUCGACAGCUGCCACUUCAGCGAGCUGCCCACCCGCCUGCAGAACGGAGGCAGCCUCAAGCUGCACACGGUGCUUUUCACGAAACCUUUAGAGAGACCGGAGGGCCCAGCGAUACAGGACUGUGUCUCCGUGGAGGAGUUUCAGCUGCAAAUCAACGCCGUCUCGCUGGAGAAGGUCAAACUGUACUAUCGCAGGCUCAGGGCUUUCUACCUGGAAAAGUCCAACCUGCCCACAGACGCCAACGGCACAGCGGUGAAAAUAGAUCAGCUCCUGCGGCCCCUCAAUGCCCUGGACAACCUCUGUCGUCUGAUGCAGACCUACAUCAACUUCAAGCCCAGCGCGUCAGGUGGCGGCAGCAGCCACCCGUCUGGGGUCAGCAUUCUGUCGGUGUCCUCGGAGUUCUGCAACCGGCUUGGAGCCUGUCACAUCACCAUGUGUGCCACGGGCAUGCAGAGGUGUACCCUGAGCGUGUCCCUGGAGCAGGCCGUCCUCCUGGCCCGCAACCACGGCCUGCAGCCACGCUGCCUCAUGCAAGCCACUGACAUCAUGCGCAAACAGGGCACCCGAGUGGAAAUAUCAGCCAAAAAUCUCAAAGUGAUGGACCAGAUGCCUUCUGUUGCACCAAGGUUGUACAGGUUGUGUUUGCCCCCCUCUGAUGGGGAUCUGUAAAGACCACCUUUGCUUCAAUUACCCGCCUUUCCUCAUGUCUGUCACUUGGGCGCAGCAGAAACUGGACCCUUUUGGAGAGGGGCGACCGGGGGGGGGUGGGGGGCGAGGGGCUUGCAGAUGAUUCAUGCUGCAGAGUCUGUGUCGGGGUUAGACAGUGUGACAGUUGAAGAUUAAAAUACAGACUCUAGGCCGGCUUAGGCAGUUGCCACGAGAGACCAGCUCACCGCCGGUCUUCCCUGAUUACCUAAGACCUUUUGGGGACAAGGCACAGGGGGCCUGGGUCAUCGGCGCUGUCAGGGAUGAGCUCCCCCCCCCCCCCCCCCCCCCCCCCCCGGUUCCCCCGCAAUGGACUGUGGCUACAGCUCUAACAUUCCAUCCUCAGUUAACGCACGCCAGGCACGGCCGCUGGGGUCACCAUCCCUGGGUCACUGCCCGAGGUGUGUGGAGAAUGUGCAAUCAGUGUAUUCUGGCUUGAGUACUACUGCACUAUACAGAGUUGGUAUCUUAGUAUCUUAACAUGCUAUUUAUUGUCUGUCAACGUACUGAAAGGGGCAUUAAAUUUGUUAGUAAUUUCAGGUAUUAAGAAGACUGAAAAAAACUAGAAGUAUUCCAAGUUAAAUGUCACAGUAUUUAACAGAAAGGAAGUUUGCCUUUAAAUCCUAUGCUUGAAUCUGUUUUCCUCUCUAAUUUUUUCUGUUAUUGAGUAUUGCAAGAUGUAGCAGUGCAGCAUUGCGGAAAUUGUUACUGUUUAACAUUAUGAAGAUAUUCAUAGCCAUGCCCUUUACCGAAUUUUAAAUGUUGCUUUUCCCAGCCUGCACAGACAUAAACUUUUUCAAGAUUUUUUUAAAGCAUAUCAUCAUUCUUACGUACGCACUGUUUCUUUAACCUUCCUCGGAAGAUUUACUGAAGGAAAGGAGAGAUUUAUAAACACAUUCGUACAAUUAUGAGGGAAGAGGGAUCACUCAAUUUUAAAGGUGUAAUCCUCGCAUUGUUAAAUUUUUAGCUAUGGUGUAUUAUUUUCGUGUACAUAUUUAUAACCAGAUUUUAUUUUCAGAGGGACCACCAUGUAUAGUAUAUGCUGUUUACUGAAGGACAGUGUUUAAAAAAUGUUUGUGAAUCUGUAUUAGUCUAAUUUAAAGCAUGUAUUUCUUUUUAAUAAUACUGUACAUUUGAGUAACUUGACAAGAAGGGCAGACAUUGACACUUUGAGUGCAUUGAACUGGAAUCGGUGUCAGAAUGAGUAUUUCUAAUUGACAAAAGCCUAAGUUCCUGGUAGGAUGGCAUUGCCUAUAUGGAGGACAGUCUUCUUAUUUAACAACGGGCUCUUUUUGAGCUGGGCUAGGUUACAUGUCCCUCUCUGUCUUGAGAUGGUUCUUCAAACAGCAAUCGAGUUUAGAACGACAUGGACGCUGGUUACUUCGGCAAGCUGUAACCUUGGUGGACUAUUACUGCGUGAUUUUCAUUAAGUGGACAGUGAUUAACACUCGGUCAGGACUUAAAUGUGAUUUAGUGCAGUGACCAUUCAAGUGCCGGUGACAGUUUUUCUUUCUUUUUUUUUUUUUUAAACACGCAGAUAUUUGCACUGUGACUUAAUGUCUUUCUUUCUGCCUGUUCUUUGAGGUGGCACUCUGUAGAAAUUUAUACAUUUAUAAAUUAACAAGUAUUGUCCAAUUGUCCAGUUUUGAAGGUUUAUUUUUUUACUAUUAGAUUUGAUUUAUUUACAUCCAGUUAAAUUGUUUUGUUACCCUUAAUAAAUAUUAUUGGUGUAUUUUUUUCUGUCAUAAGUGUUUGUCUUCCCUAUUUGAAUUAAAAAGUGUACUUGUUUUUUUUUUCUCAAGUAGUAAAUAUUUUAUUAAACCACACAGCAAUUUUUGUUUAAUUUUUUAAUAAAUCUGAUUGGAUUUGCCUUUUUUUUCCUUCCUCUCCUGCCAUGUUAUUGGAGGGCCUCGUUCCGUUUCGCAUGUUCUCAGAUGUGCCACGUCUCUCCUGUCAGUGUGCAACUUCUGGAAGUUUCUCUCCCUUGUUGAACCCGAGCUGAGACUGAGCACAGAUGGUGCUGCUUCCUGCAGUGCAGCUGAUGCUCUGAAGGUUCUGUUUCAGUUACCGUGCCUCUCGUUUUGGAUCAGGGCAUCUUGGUAAAUGGCUCUUCGGGAAGUAAAGGAAAGAUGCUUGUGUAAAGAUAAAAUAAUAAUAAGUAAUACUGAUAAAUAACAAACAAAACAGACGGUGGGCUAGAGGGUGGGAUUUAUAUUUGGCAGUAUCCAAGCCUUGACUGCUUAUAAAGGACUUUUUUGCUUUAUAUGUUAUAAUAAGAGCUUAAGUCACAACAGAAAGGUCUCUAUAAGCUGAACUAUGAUGGACUUUAAAAUUGGCUUCUAAUGCUUAACUUUGCUGUUUAGUAAAUUGACUUUCUCCCUUAUGUCCUCUGAUUGGUGUUUUUCCCUGAAUUUGUCCUUUAUGAAAGGCUAGAGUCAGGGUUCACUGCAAAAGCCUGUGAAUGUGCACUGACCGUGUAUCUGACCUUACCAGUGUAAAGCCUAAUGCUGAACAGUGUAACACUUUUGAACAUUUUAUUCUCUGUUAACCAGCUGGUAACCUACGAAAUGUAAACCUCCCUCAGACAUCUUUAAACUAUUUGUACACUUUAACUUUUUCUUAAGAUUGUGAUCUUUGAACAAAAAUGUUAUACAGUUAGAUGCCAGAUGCCUUUACCCAAAAUAGGUUUUUAUUGAAGAAACUUGCCUGACAAACUUGUUCUCAUAUCUGUACUAAACACAAUUUAAUCCACAAGGACAGACCGUAUGCAUUCACCACAUCCAUUAGCUCAAUAUGUAAUAUAAGCAGUUACUUGGCCAGUCUUAGAAACUUCAAGCAGUACUGUUAUUGAAAGUAACUUGUCCUAUAUACGAACCAAGAAUCUGUUAACUUUGAGUUAUCAAUAUGCCUGGAUACGUAUUGCAUAAUUAUAUGUAAUAAUUAUGUAUUUUUUCUAAAUAUUAAUUGUAUAUAUUUUUAUUUGUGGUCUAAAAACUUUGUACAGAAAAGUUUUAAUUUCUCCCCUCAAAUCAUUAUAGUUAUUGUUGUGAAUGUAACCUUUAUUUGCUAGUUAAUAAAAUAUUUACAAAACAGUAAA